AUGGCUAGUAAUCUUAUACGUAACUUCUUAAAUGCUUCAAAAGUUGUACAGACAAGUUCUAUACAUACACUUACUAGUCAACAAAGAAAAAGUCCAAUGGAUUAUGUCAAACAAGGUGUUGAUCAGAUUGAUCAAAUCGCUGGAACAGCUACACAAGCAGUUAAUAGUGUUAUAGCAACUGUUCUUGAUACGAUUACUGGUAAUGAUAGUACUGAUCGAAAUGUAUCUGAUGUUCAAGGAUCUAAUCAAAGUGCUAGUGGUAACUUCACGAAAACAACUAAUGAAGCCAUAAGUCGUCCAGCAUCUGGGAAAUCAAGUACUUAUGAAAAAAGCACUGGUGAUUUAAACCGACAACCAUCUCAACCUUCAGAUAGCUAUGAAAGAAAGUCUCGUAGUCCAUCAGAUGCAAAUAAAAGUAGAAAUAAAGAAUCCGACUAUCCUGAACAAGCUAAAUCGUCUGCAAAUCAAACUAUUAAUAGUACUUGUGAAGAUACCACUAACAAAGCAUCUCAAUGGGCUACAGAUACAAAACAAGUGUUUUCGUUAGAUUUAGAACCAUCAACUUCAGCUUCUGUUGAUAAACGUGGUGAUACAAUCGAUAAUAUUAAAACUACUGCUGACAGAGUUGCUAAACAAACGAAACACACCUUUGUAAGUUAUUAA